GGAACAACGGACAAGGAACUGUCCUUGAUCGGAGGGAUCAAGUAUUUGGUUGAGGAUUCUGGAAUUGAAACUUUUGAUACCUGAAAGUUCAGAGCAAAAUGAUUCACUUCGUGCUUCUUAUAAGUAGACAAGGAAAAGUGAGGUUGACCAAAUGGUAUUCUCCUUAUUCUCAGAAGGAGAGAUCUAAGGAUCUAUUGGACUUACCAUAUUAUGGCACGUGCUCGGGUCUGCUCUCGUUCUUUAAAAAGGUUAUGCGUGAGCUUAGUGGAAUGAUUCUAAAUCGGGCGCCUAAACUUUGCAACUUUGUGGAAUGGAGGGGACUCAAAGCUGUCUAUAAACGAUAUGCCAGUCUUUACUUUUGCCUAUGCAUUGAUCAGGAGGACAACGAAUUAGAGAUCCUUGAAAUUAUUCAUCAUUAUGUUGAGAUUUUGGAUCGUUACUUCGGCAGUGUCUGUGAGUUGGAUUUGAUCUUCAACUUUCACAAGGCGUAUUAUAUAUUGGAUGAGCUUCUAAUUGCUGGAGAACUCCAAGAAUCUAGCAAGAAAACAGUAGCAAGAUUGAUAGCUGCACAGGAUUCGUUGGUGGAGACUGCAAAGGAGCAAGCUAGUUCAAUAAGUAACAUAAUUGCACAGGCCACCAAGUAGAAAUACUUGGAAGAGUUUUUGGGGCUUGUGUUUUUUUGUAGGUAGGGGAUGAUGAAGGGUCAGACUCCCUUCUUUUAGGGGCUUGUUUUUUGUUUGACCUUCCAUUCUUUCCUUCUCUCUCGGUUUCAUAUAAA